ACCUGGUUUUGUGCUCCGAUCAACGACCAAACGAGCUCCGAUCGGGAUGAAAUUUUAGUAUGUUGUUCCUGACCUCUCGAUGUCGGUAAAAUCGCCUUUGUUUACUGCUGCGUUUUUAUUGGGGUUUUCUCACUUUUGAGUGAAGAUUAUUGUUGUUUGGUGUUCCAAGUUAUUACUUGAUGAUUGUGUGUACCUCUAAUUGAUUUAGAGAGGAUUCUUGGUGUACCCACUGAUUUUCUUGGUGAUUAGUGGAAGGCUUCGUGGUUUUCUUCCCGAUUUGGGGUUUCCACGUUAAAUCUUGGUGUUCGUUUAUCGCUUGAUUGAUUGCUUGUNUGUUUACUGCUGCGUUUUUAUUGGGGUUUUCUCACUUUUGAGUGAAGAUUAUUGUUGUUUGGUGUUCCAAGUUAUUACUUGAUGAUUGUGUGUACCUCUAAUUGAUUUAGAGAGGAUUCUUGGUGUACCCACUGAUUUUCUUGGUGAUUAGUGGAAGGCUUCGUGGUUUUCUUCCCGAUUUGGGGUUUCCACGUUAAAUCUUGGUGUUCGUUUAUCGCUUGAUUGAUUGCUUGUUGUUGUGUUUGCUAUUCUUGAUUGGUCAUAUGAUUUUGCCCAUUUUGACAACACAAAGACGGGAAAAUUAUUAAUUGCUUCCGCUAGAAAAUUGAGGUGAUUUUCCCAACAAUUGGUAUCAGAGCUUGAGUCAUAAUUUGUGGGUGAUUUUCUUGUGUUGUUAAAAUGGAGGAUAAAGCUGUUUUUGGGGGAAUGAUUAAAUUAAACUCCUCCAAUUAUCAAAGUUGGAAACCCAGGAUGGAAGAUAUUUUAUAUAUUAAGGAUUUGCAUGAACCGAUCCUGAAUAAAGAGAUGCCAAGCGGUAAACAAGAAGGUACUUGGAAAUUGCUUAAUCGGAAAACUGUGGGAAUGAUUAGGCAAUUUAUUGAUGAUAGUGUGUUUCAGCAUAUUGCUAAUGAUACCAACGCCUAUGAACUAUGGGAGAAACUCAAAUGCAUGUACGAGAGAGAAAAUGCCUUGAAUAAAGCCUCUAUUAUGAGAAGACUUGUGAAACUUGAUUACAGGGAUGGGCAUAGUGUGGUAGAGCAUUUGAAUGAUUUUCAGGGACUGAUUAACCAGUUGUCUUCAUUGAAAUUGGUUUUAGAUGAUGAAUUGCAGACGUUGUUGCUCCUCAGCUCGUUGCCAGAAAGCUGGGAGACCUUGGUUGUAUCACUUAGCAAUUCUGCUCCAGAGGGUAAGCUCACAAUGGAUGUUGUGAAGUCGAGUCUGCUAAACGAAGAAGCUAGGAGAAGAGAUCUGGGUUCCUCCAGCUAUUCAGAUCAGGCUCAGGUUGCUCAGAUAGAGGGUCGUGGAAGACACAGACAUAGGGACUUUGAAUCCAGGGGGAGAUCUAAAUCAAGAAGCGAAGUGAAAUGCUUCUAUUGUGAUAAACCGGGUCAUAAGAUAUCUCAGUGCAGGAAGAUGAAGCGAGAUAAAGCCCAGCAGAAAGAGGAAAAUGGUCAGACUUCUGAGAAGAAAGAGGAGAAAGACACAGCAGCCCUUGCAGAUGCGGAUGAUUUAUUCUUCGUGUUUGAUGACACUAACUUUGAUGUUGCUUUUCAGGAUUGCACUUGGAUUAUUGAUUCGGGUGCCUCAUGUCAUCUCACACCUCAUCGGGAGUUCUUCUCAUCUUACACUAGCGGUGAUUUUGGCUAUGUCAAGAUGGGGAAGGGUGACAAAUCAUCUAAGAUUAUUGGGAUGGGCACUGUUUGUUUGAAGACCAACACUGGUUGCAGGUUGACCCUCAGAGAUGUCAGACAUGUUCCAGAGUUUCGGUCCAACCUCAUUUCAGCUGGAGGACUUGAUGGAGAUGGUUAUGUUAGCCGCCUUGGUGAAGGAAACUGGAAGCUCACCAAAGGUUCUUUGAUCGUGGCCCGAGGUAUAAUAGAGAAUAGGAUUUACGUGAUGCAAGCAAAGAUGUGCAGAGGAGAUCAGAAUACUGCGCCCUCCACGGAGACAUCGCACAAGAGGCUUGGUCACAUGCUUGAGAGUUGUCAGAAUAUCCUCCCUGAAGGUGAUAUUCCUUUUCUUACCAUACAUUCAGAUUAUAGGGGAGAAGAUGGAGAAAAAUGUUGUGGUGAUGAUGUUGCUCGUGAUGGUGAUGUACUUGAGCCACCUCAUUCCGAGCAUGGAGUUCCGCCACAGAGGGAUCCUCAAAUGGGUAUAUUUGAGAGAGAUUACUAUCGGGAUGAAGUGAAGAAGGUGCACCAAAGUGAAUGGUUUCAAGCCAAGCGAGAUGGGGUUAUAUGCUUGCUUGAAGGACGUGGUCAUUCCCUGGUAAAGUUGCAUGGAAGCAAGCGAGCACCCAAGAGCAAUCAGGUGUUCAAGUUGAAGAGAAGAGAGCGUUGCUCACAACCUACGGACUUGGCGCAGUUGGUUGUGAAAGGUUUGUAUGAUAUUUAUCAUCAUUAUGUUUUACCCCGCAUGUAGGAGUGAGGGGGAGAUUUGUUGGGGUAUCCCUCCUACAUGGAGGAAGGAGUUCCUAAACAAUAUACUUGGUGUUAAAAAUGUAAUUUGUUUAGAGGUGGAGUAGUAUAAUAAUAAUAAUAAUAUUUAUUAUUAUUAUUAUUAUAAAAGGAAAAAAAAAGAAAGGAAAUGUCAAAGUGGGGGCUGCCACUUAUCUUGAAAAGGCAGUAGCCUUUUUUUGGUGGCCGGUCACGAGCAGAAGAAAAGCAGCAGAAACAGAGAGGAAAAAUAGAGAGAGCCGAGAGAAGGAAGAAGAGAGAAAAAGAGAGGUGCAACCUGGUUUUGUGCUCCGAUCAACGACCAAACGAGCUCCGAUCGGGAUGAAAUUUUAGUAUGUUGUUCCUGAGAUCCUCUUCUUCAUAUCCAACGGUGGGAUUGUUGUUUUGACCUCUCGAUGUCGGUAAAAUCGCCUUUGUUUACUGCUGCGUUUUUAUUGGGGUUUUCUCACUUUUGAGUGAAGAUUAUUGUUGUUUGGUGUUCCAAGUUAUUACUUGAUGAUUGUGUGUACCUCUAAUUGAUUUAGAGAGGAUUCUUGGUGUACCCACUGAUUUUCUUGGUGAUUAGUGGAAAGCUUCGUGGUUUUCUCCCCGAUUUGGGGUUUUCCACGU